AUGGCAAGGAUGGGCGGUGGUGGGAUGGGGAGUGCUGGGAGGGGGGGGGGGGGUGCUGGGAUGGUGAGUGCUGGGAUGGUGAGUGAUGGGAUGGUGAGUGAUGGGAGGGUGAGUGCUGGGAUGGUGAGUGCUGGGAUGGUGAGUGCUGGGAUGGUGAGUGAUGGGAUGGUGAGUGAUGGGAUGGUGAGUGCUGGGAUGGUGAGUGAUGGGAUGGUGAGUGAUGGGAUGGUGAGUGCUGGGAUGGUGAGUGCUGGGAUGGUGAGUGCUGGGAUGGUGAGUGCUGGGAUGGUGAGUGAUAGGGAUGGUGAGUGCUGGGAUGGGAUGGUGAGUGCUGGGAUGGUGAGUGCUGGGAUGGUGAGUGCUGGGAUGGUGAGUGCUGGGAUGGUGAGUGCUGGGAUGGUGAGUGCUGGGAUGGUGAGUGCUGGGAUGGUAAGUGCUGGGAUGGUGAGUGCUGGGAUGGAAAGCCUGUCAUCUGUGGAGCUACUCAACAACGUUCGCACACCCGCACAACAGCAGUGGGUUAGAGACGAGGCAGCUGGAGUCGCUGCCGGAGCGGAUGACAAUCCGCUGAAGUUGUACUCAACGUUCGACAUCGACGUGUUGAUCUUUUUGGUGGCUGACGUUGUCGGCUCGCCCCAGCUGGAGGCCAUCAGAGCAUACCUUGACUGCAACGUGGCCACCGACCAAGGCGUGCAAACGGCUAUGCAAAAGGUAGGUGCUGUGAGGGGAGGCGCUGAGAUGGUGAGUGCGAUGAGGGGAGGUGCUGAGAUGGUGAGUGCGGUGAGGGGAGGUGCCGAGAUGGUGAGUGAUGUGAGGGGAGGUGCUGAGAUGGUGAGUGCUGUGAGGGGAGGCGCUGAGAUGGUGAGUGCUGUGAGGGGAGGUGCUGAGAUGGUGAGUGCUGUGAGGGGAGGUGCUGAGAUGGUGAGUGCUGUGAGGGGAGGCACUGAGAUGGUGAGUGCUGUGAGGGGAGGUGCUGAGAUGGUGAGUGCUGUGAGGGGAGGUGCUGAGAUGGUGAGUGCUGUGAGGGGAGGCGCUGAGAUGGUGAGUGCUGUGAGGGGAGGUGCUGAGAUGGUGAGUGCUGUGAGGGGAGGUGCUGAGAUGGUGAGUGCUGUGAGAGGAGGUGCUGAGAUGGUGAGUGCUGUGAGGGGAGGCGCUGAGAUGGUGAGUGCUGUGUGGGGAGGUGCUGAGAUGGUGAGUGCUGUGAGGGGAGGCGCUGAGAUGGUGAGUGCUGUGAGGGGAGGUGCUGAGAUGGUGAGUGCUGUGAGGGGAGGUGCUGAGAUGGUGAGUGCUGUGCGGGGAGGCACUGAGAUGGUGAGUGCUGUGAGGGGAGGUGCUGAGAUGGUGAGUGCUGUGAGGGGAGGUGCUGAGAUGGUGAGUGCUGUGAGAGGAGGUGCUGAGAUGGUGAGUGCUGUGAGGGGAGGCGCUGAGAUGGUGAGUGCUGUGUGGGGAGGUGCUGAGAUGGUGAGUGCCGUGAGGGGAGGUGCUGAGAUGGUGAGUGCUGUGAGGGGAGGCACUGAGAUGGUGAGUGCUGUGAGGGGAGGUGCUGAGAUGGUGAGUGCUGUGAGGGGAGGUGCUGAGAUGGUGAGUGCUGUGAGGGGAGGUGCUGAGAUGGUGAGUGCUGUGAGGGGAGGUGCUGAGAUGGUGAGUGCGGUGAGGGGAGGUGCUGAGAUAGUGAGUGCUGUGAGGGGAGGUGCUGAGAUGGUGAGUGCUGUGAGGGGAGGUGCUGAGAUGGUGAGUGCUGUGAGGGGAGGUGCUGAGAUGGUGAGUGCUGUGAGGGGAGGUGCUGAGAUGGUGAGUGCUGUGAGGGGAGGUAUGGUGAGUGCUGUGAGGGGAGGUGCUGAGAUGGUGAGUGCUGUGAGGGGAGGUGCUGAGAUGGUAAGUGCUGUGAGGGGAGUUGCUGAGAUGGUGAGUGCUGUGAGGGGAGGUGCUGAGAUGGUGAGUGCUGUGAGGGGAGGUGCUGAGAUGGUGAGUGCUGUGAGGGGAGGUGCUGAGAUGGUGAGUGCUGUGAGAGGAGGUGCUGAGAUGGUGAGUGCUGUGAGGGGAGGCGCUGAGAUGGUGAGUGCUGUGUGGGGAGGUGCUGAGAUGGUGAGUGCUGUGAGGGGAGGUGCUGGGAUGGUGAGUGCUGUGAGGGGAGGUGCUGAGAUGGUGAGUGCUGUGAGGGGAGGCGCUGAGAUGGUGAGUGCUGUGAGGGGAGGUGCUGAGAUGGUGAGUGCUGUGAGGGGAGGUGCUGAGAUGGUGAGUGCUGUGAGGGGAGGUGCUGAGAUGGUGAGUGCUGUGAGGGGAGGUGCUGAGAUGGUGAGUGCUGUGAGGGGAGGUGCUGAGAUGGUGAGUGCUGUGAGGGGAGGUGCUGAGAUGGUGAGUGCUGUGAGGGGAGGCACUGAGAUGGUGAGUGCUGUGAGGGGAGGUGCUGAGAUGGUGAGUGCUGUGAGGGGAGGUGCUGAGAUGGUGAGUGCUGUGAGGGGAGGUGCUGAGAUGGUGAGUGCUGUGAGGGGAGGUGCUGAGAUGGUGAGUGCUGUGAGGGGAGGUGCUGAGAUGGUGAGUGCUGUGAGGGGAGGUGCUGAGAUGGUGAGUGCUGUGAGGGGAGGCGCUGAGAUGGUGAGUGCUGUGAGGGGAGGUGCUGAGAUGGUGAGUGCUGUGAGGGGAGGUGCUGAGAUGGUGAGUGCUGUGAGGGGAGGUGCUGAGAUGGUGAGUGCUGUGAGGGGAGGCGCUGAGAUGGUGAGUGCUGUGAGGGGAGGUGCUGAGAUGGUGAGUGCUGUGAGGGGAGGUGCUGAGAUGGUGAGUGCUGUGAGGGGAGGUGCUGAGAUGGUGAGUGCUGUGAGGGGAGGCACUGAGAUGGUGAGUGCUGUGAGGGGAGGUGCUGAGAUGGUGAGUGCGGUGAGGGGAGGUGCUGAGAUGGUGAGUGCUGUGAGGGGAGGUGCUGAGAUGGUGAGUGCUGUGAGGGGAGGUGCUGAGAUGGUGAGUGCUGUGAGGGGAGGUGCUGAGAUGGUGAGUGCUGUGAGGGGAGGCGCUGAGAUGGUGAGUUCUGUGAGGGGAGGUGCUGAGAUGGUGAGUGCUGUGAGGGGAGGUGCUGAGAUGGUGAGUGCUGUGAGGGGAGGUGCUGAGAUGGUGAGUGCUGUGAGGGGAGGUGCUGAGAUGGUGAGUGCUGUGAGGGGAGGUGCUGAGAUGGUGAGUGCUGUGAGGGGAGGCGCUGAGAUGGUGAGUGCUGUGAGGGAAGGUGCUGAGAUGGUGAGUGCUGUGAGGGGAGGUGCUGAGAUGGUGAGUGCUGUGAGGGGAGGUGCUGAGAUGGUGAGUGCUGUGAGGGGAGGCGCUGAGAUGGUGAGUGCUGUGAGGGGAGGUGCUGAGAUGGUGAGUGCUGUGAUGUGA